AUGAGCAGUAAACUCCAAGCUAGAUUCACAUGUGUCAAUGCGGAGCAACUCACUCGUCGUCAGGAAGCGCACGACAUCGGUCAACUGUCCAUUUCUGCCCAAGAGGCCGAACGGAGCAAAUGGAGGAAGGAUUACAACUUGUAUCAUUUCACGGGUGCUCUUCUCAGCUUUCCGCAUGUAUGCGGCUCCGAGAAAAAGAAAGGCACAGAAUCAGGUCUUGUGUCAAAUGGGGUAACUUGA